CGCGGAGAAGAUCCUAGUGCUGCUUACCCGUGGGUCCCCGGGAACUCAUCCCGCCUUCUUAUUCUUCUUCUUAUACCUAAUUCGUAGUUCGGUAUUGGGGGUGCGUCACUCCACGGUCAGGUGUCUCACCGUCUAAGCGAUCCUAAGCCUUAACCACAUUGGCAUUUUUAUGUAUUAACCAUGCUUGCCAUCUCGGCCAUCCCAGUAUCGUAUUCGACAAGUUUACGACCGCCACCUGGGCAAUCGACUAAGCUAACUUUGGAACAAGUUUCCUUUCUAAUAAAUUAUGAGGCUGAAUAUCUUCGCUUUCAAUGGCCCACCAGGGUCCGGGGCGGUGCUGAUACGAUGGGUCUCCCCCCUUCAGCUGAUUCUCCCAAACUCUUGUCGAUGCUUUUGCGAGAUCGUCACCCGCGUGUAAUCUUACCAACUCGCCAGCCCUACUUACACGUUGAAACAACGGGGCGUUCGAGGCAUUUGAUUGUUGCCUUUUCCGUCUGCUCGAAGCUCUACUUUCAUGCUUACGUACAUACGCACAUACCUACCUACAUAGAUACUUACAGACAACACAUACAGAUCAAAGCUGCUUAAAAUCCAUUCACUGAUCGAUAUGAAACAACUUUUCUUCAUAUUCUCUCCGCGGAAAAUGCACACCUAAUGAUACACAUAUCAGCCCCCCUCGUUGUUCAUCUCUCCUAGGUCAUGCCAGCUCUUACUCCGGCCUUGCUACUAAGUACUCUUGCUGAACGAAACUUGUCAAUCGACUCUACUGUAACAUCUAAUGGUACGGGCGUCGAGAAUGCCAUUCAAGUCGUGUGUGCCUGGCCUGUGUCAGGCCAGUACGGCCCUGGCUCGAGGUAUCUAUACUAUUGUCUUGUAGCGGCCUGUGUCUUUGCUCGAAAGGCAGAAUGGCUCAGGAAUGCUUGUUUAGCAGCUGCAUUGGUAUUCCCAGCCGUUGCUGCUCUUCACGGCAUCGUUCUCACCGCUGUACAUGUCGACAACGCUAUCGAUAUGGACGUGUACGGUGCUUUUCAGUUUUGUUCGAUAGGAAUCUUAGCAGCUCCAUUGACAGUCAGAAUAUCUCGAACAUAUUUCUAUGAUCCUGGCCGAAAUAUAAUAUUCGUAUGGACCGGGCUUGUUCUUGCUGGCCUGGUGAGCUUAACGGUUGAAUUCUUCCGAGUCGCGCCGUCGGCUUGUCCAAACGGCAAUAAUGGAAAUUCCGUCAAUCCUAACGACAUCAAUACGUAUGGAAAUUUCAACUGUUCUAUUACCUGCGAUGUCGACCAGGGUCCUUACUCUCCUCUGCGACAGGACUCGACGAAUGAAAUAUUCAUCAUACCAGCCCCUAGUGCCCUUGCCUUCAACGCAGCUACUCUUCUUGCAGCUGCCUGCUGCAUCCCUGCCGUCCUCUCGCUUGCGUCAACGUGGAAUAAAAUCCUCGAGAUUAACUGGAAGACGAGAUUUGGUUUAGGAGACGAAAAUCAGCCAAUCGAAGGAACAAACGGCGCGACUGCGGCAGGGAUGAGUAAGGUCAACACUAUGGUCAGGCUGUUCUUAAGUACCGUGGAAGUCCCACUUUUCAGCGCCGCAGUACUCACUAUCAUCGUUAUUGGCGAGAAAAAUUUCUGGAGCAGCCAAGUUAGAUAUCAAACGGAGCCGAUGACUAGCAUAGUUGUUGGUACUGGACUGGCUGCAUUAGGAUCUCUCUACGUGCUUUUGGCGGUCGAUUUGAAGGCUGCAGAGGAAGAAGCGAGCGAAAAGGCCUCCAUCCAUCAUUGCACCUGCGCGCAUCAUCAUCACUUUGAAAGCGCUCGGCAUUCUCCCCGGGGCAGCACCGAUACCGAAAGCGCGCACGAAGGUGAUUACGAACAUGUGGAACGAGUCACAAGCAAUUUUCCGGUUAUACACGGAGUCGACGACGGCUUUUUUGCGGGGUCGUCUCACUCUAUCGCGGCACCCGACGCUGCACAUGUACGACCGGGCUCUCUCAGUAGCGGGAGAGGAUCCCCACCCGAAGUAGUACCUACGACGGGUCGGACACCGGACUCUGACAUAGGUGGCAGACGCAAAGUAGCUAAAGCGCUGAUGGUAGUGAGUGAUUACCUCGGUACUGCAUCGCGAGAUCGAUUCGACGACUCCGACUUCAAACAUGGAAAAGCGCUCGAUUUUCCCGAAGUUCCUGCGGAAGAAAUGCGUAAUCCCGACUUACCUCGAGUCCGGGAAGCAUACAAUAACCAUCAUAGUGAUGAUGAAAAUCAUUUCGGAACAAGCACACGCCCGUCAAGAGCAGGUAGCUAUGCGGGGAGUGUGGCGAGCAUGGAGGGUAGUCCGAUGAUAUCGAGAGCAUUUUCAGUUCCACAUCCACCGUCGCGAUCACCUUCACCCUCAUCUUCGAUUUUUGGGGUGCGACACGCUAGUACCUUGCCGGUCGAGCAAAAGCCGUCUAACGUACAAGACCCAUCUACUGAAUCGAAUAGAGGAAGACCGCCGCGAAGACGAGAUACGCUCGAGGUACCCGGAUCGGGUCAUCACAAUUCUCCACGACAUACACCCUCUACCUCCACAGCCAUGCCAGUUACCACCACGAUAACCAAUGAUCAGGGUUCCCCUGCCAUUGUAAUAUCCCCCGAUCCCGAUAUAAGUCCUCCCGCGGAAGAGGUUACUCCUCUCGGUCCCUCAGUCACACAUUCCUCGUCCGAGCCGGCCCCCUCGUCACAAACGAAACUUCCACCUCCUUCGGCUUGAAGCAAACACUCGCUAUACACGGCAAUAAAAUAAAAAAAAGACAUUGCGAAAGAGCACGAAUGUGUAAUAUUCUGACCUUGCGUCAUGCCAUUCUUUAAGAGGCGGAUUACAAUACCCGAGUUCGACAACCUUGUCGAAGGGGUAUAUGCGGGAUUUACGAUAACGAAUUGUUACGAUAUAUGAUGUGGAUAUAUAGUGUUGGGAUGGGGUGUAUAUGACAAUAUUAUUUGAUGUACAUAUUUAUACAGGAGUACACAGACAGGGAAUUGGCGUAUACAUAAGGAUAGGUAGAGGAAGUCAAUUAUCAUCUUAGGAGUUGGGAGAUGGAUGGCGCGUUUUUAGAUACCUAGUACUCAGAGUGGUUUUAUAAGUGCGUUAAGAUAUUCAAUGUUUUGACAUCAAAUGAAAACCGUUGCCUUCUUUGUCGAGAAUAAUGUAGUGGAGCUGACUAUCCCAGUAUGACCAAGUCUGGAAGCCUUCUGGGACAUCAUCCGUCUAUCCCAUCGGUUUUAACAGGAUGAGUUU